AUGAAUCAGAUUUCGUCUGCUCUCAAUGAGACGGCAAAGUGUGUCUUUAACAACAAGCACCCGACUGGUAACAAGAGCCAUGCACCUCCACCUCAUUCUGUUGACGGUAGAAAGACGCCUGAUAGGAAAGCACCUAUAAAGACUGAGCCGGGAUUUGAUCAGUUUCCAAAUGGCCCUAAACCAGAAAUGGAAUCCGAUAACAAUGACUUGUUUAAACGCUUGAAGGCGAACCGGAAAAUGGAAAUCCCUGAGUGUGGAUGCUUAGGACCAGGAUAUGUUCCCAGUGAAACUAUUGAGGGUCCAUAUUAUACGCAUUUAGGAACUGGCUCUUGUUUGGAGGAUAUUAAAAAAAUGAUGGAAGAAAGAAGUGGAUUAACUGGAAAAGCGAUCCGUGUGGAAAGAAUAAUUUAUUCAGGAAAAGAAGGCAAAAGUACACAAGGAUGUCCAAUUGCAAAAUGGAUCAUCCGUCGGGCCGGAGUUGAAGAGAAAUUACUGUGCCUUGUCCGACAUCGACGUGGACAUUUUUGUCCAACAGCCUGUCUUGUGAUUUGCAUUGUUGCCUGGGAAGGGAUUCCCAAAUCUGUAGCUGAUGAUAUGUAUUCCUAUUUGGUACCAACACUCACAGGAUUUGGUUUGGAAACAGAUCGGCGUUGUGGAUACAAUGAGCAAAAAACUUGUGCAUGCCAAGGUGUUGAUAUGAAGAAACGCGGAGCUUCGUUCUCUUUUGGUUGCUCCUGGAGUAUGUAUUUCAAUGGAUGUAAAUUUGCUCGAAGCAGAGAAGCCAAGAAGUUCCGGCUCAAAGAUACGGCAUUGGAUGAAGUUGUUGAAAGCAAGUUUCAGAAUCUUGCAACUCGAUUGGCUCCCUUAUACAAAUCCAUCGCUCCAGAGUCUUACCAGAAUCAAGUAUUCUUUGAAGACAAAGGAUAUGAAUGCCGCCUUGGGCAUCGGACUGAAAAUGAUGAGAAACCAUGUCGUCCUUUUUCUGGAGUAACAGCAUGUGUAGAUUUUUGUGCCCAUGCUCAUAAAGAUCUACACAAUAUGAAUAAUGGUUGUACUGUGGUUGUGACCUUAACAAAACAUGGCCCGUUGGAAAGACCAGAUGAAGAACAGCUGCACGUGUUACCUUUGUAUAUAUUAGACGCCAAGAAUGAUUCAUUAGAAGAAAAGCUAAAAAAUGGAUGCGUAGAGAUCUUAGCUAACUAUCCAAAGGUUGCUCGAAUACGGGCAACUCCGGUCACUCCAAAACGUAAGGGAAGAAAUGCCAAAAAAGAUAGCCCUUCUAAUAAAAAAGAAAAUGCAUUAGCAUCAAAAUUGUUAAAUCGGAAAGGUUCUUCUUCUUAUAUGCAAGCACAAGUGGCUAGAAAUUCUACUCCUGUUUUUUCUGACAAGUUUCCAAAAGCCACAAAUAUCUCAGGGUUCAAUAAUAAUAUGGUAACUAAAGCUAACUUAUUUCAAAAUGCAGGGGAGAAGAAUAUGCAACAGGCUUCGUCCAAGGGGGAGGUAACACCCGCCAUUAGUGGCGGCACUCUGACAAACAAACCUUCAGAAACACAGAAACAGCCUCCACUGCCAGCCAAUUCUAACAUGUACGAUAAAUUUUGGAAAUACUUUUAUUCGUAUGGUACAUUCCCUCCAGCCAACUUUCUUAAGGACGGUAAUUCUGCUGAGUCUAUGAAAUUCUUUGCGAGCCACCUUUCCGAUGGCAAACCUGUAUUUGCACCUCCAGAUACCCUGCUUCCAUAUCCUGCAAGCGAUCCAAGGAAGGACAUGUCAGGCAACGUUCUUGCGAGACCUGGAUCAGCCUGUAGCGUCCCGCUUAACACUUCCAACAUGAAAGACAUCAAAUGCCCUUAUUCUGUGUCGAGUCUGACGUCGGAUGAUUUUGAGUCACCACUGCAUCUUUUGUCCGAAGCGGUCAUGAUCAGAAGUCAAACAAGUGUUGAAAAACCACGCUCAGCAGCCUCGCACCCGCAAGCAGGAACCAAUGUGUCCACUCCAAGGAAGCCUGUACCCAAUACGGAUCUCUCAUCCUCAAUGGGAGUUGCCAGCAAAAGUGGGGUUAGUCUUGGAGCUGGAAGUAAGCUGCCCUCUCAUCUUGCAAACCAAGCUUUCCCUAAUGCCAAGGUACCUGUAGAAUUAUCCAAAGACCAACAUUCCAGAUUCUCAUCCCUUAAUUCUAAUUUUGAUAGGAGAAAUAUUUUUGAUAAAGACAAAUUAUGCCAAACUAGUAUUGCCUCUUGCCCGUUAAAAACAUCCAAGCAAACUUCAUCACAGGCACCUUUUACAAUGGAAACGGAAUCACAAGCCGAUUGUCCUGGUGAAUGUAUGCGUGACUCUCAGACUGAAGUCAUCAGUGCAGAGCUUGAGUAUAAUGAACAGAGCUUUAGUGACCCUGAGAUUGGUGGAGUGGCCAUUGCACUCACGCAUGGCUCAGUGUUGUUUGAAGUUGCCAAGAGAGAAUUACAUGCUACUACGGCCCUUCUUAAUCCAAACAGAUAUUCGCCAACAAGGAUUAGCCUUGUGUUUUAUCAGCAUAAAAGCAUGAACCUACGUUACCAUGGGUGGUAUGAAAAUGAACGCAAGUUGGAACUGCAAAGACAGAAGAGGCUGCAGAAAAUGCAAGAGGAGGCCGAGAAGAACCAACCAGUUGCAGACUCUGAGCUCAAACCAGGAAGCAGGAAACGAAGGAAGAAGGAAGAGCAGCCAGUGGUGAAAUGCGUUCCAAAAUACAAGUCAAUGUGGCAAGCGGCCAUUAAACACACCAUCACACAAUCCACAGACACAAUUAUCACACAGUGGAUUGAUCCACAACCAACAGUCACUGGUCCUUACCAGAAAUGGAUUUGA